AUGGAUGGUUCUGAGAGCGACUCUGACACAACGGGCUUUUGCCCGGCGACUCCGCGAUCACCUCGUCUACUGCGGAGGGGUUUACCGAGUUCCCGAACCCGGGGCUUCUUCCACGUGCGCUAUGGGGGCAUCGGCCGUUUUGAGGAGUUCAUUCGAACAGACCUCUUCCACUACUUGGCUAACAUGCCUUUUCGGUACUUGGUUCUGGUCUACGCCGUGACAUACUUUCUUGGAUGGGUGGCUUUUACUUUCUGGUGGCAAGCGGUGGCAGAGGGAUGCGAACCAAAGGAUCUCACCUUCCGUCGUGCUUUUUUGCUUUCCCUGGAGACGAUGACGACGAUUGGGUAUGGAGUUUCGGACCCGUUCUUUGACGAUUGCCGCGGAGUCAUUCCGCUCCUGGUGGUACAAUCCCUACUGGGACUAUUGAUGGACACGUAUUUCCUGAAUCUGAUGUACACGCGUCUUUCAACCGCCGUCAAACGUGCGUCGAGUAUUAUUUUCAGCGACGUAGCUGUGGUAUUUGAGGAAGGCGGCCACAUCAAGCUGUCCUUGCGAAUAUGCGAGGUUGCCAAGCGGCCGGUGAUUGAACCCAUUGUGCGCAUGUAUGCCAUCAAGCAUGACACGCUUCCAGAGCCGACAGAACUCAUUGAUGUGGAUGUCCGUCAGAUGAUCCUGGAGACGCCGAACAUCGAGAUCGCAGACGGUAAGCUCUUCUUGACGCUGCCCACCAAGGUCGUCCAUCGGGUGGAUGCUGCAUCCCCGCUGGCGCCACCAGACCUCCAGGACCUCGAUGACUUCCAGUAUUGCAUCAACAGCUUGGACUACCUGGAGAUCCUGGUGGUUGUCAGCGCAAGCUGCCCUAUCACGGGUAACAUGCUGGAGGCUCGCCACUCCUACUCCAAAGAAAAUCUCCGCUACAAAAGCCGGCUGGCUCCCUGUGUCCGUGUAUUUGAUGGGGCGCACGAGGUUGAUUUCGAGGCCUUCCACCAGACGGUUCCACUCAAGUGA